AUCAUUUUCAUAUUCAAAACACAGUUCUUCUUCUCAUUCUUUCUAAUUUCUCUUCCUCCAUAGAUCUACACAGUCAAAAUGUACAGAGAGACUGUGCUGCUACUGCUACUCUGCACCACCUUCCAUGUCGCAUUUUCAGUUACUGAUGGAUUAUUACCGAAUGGGAACUUCGAGUACGGACCGAAACCAUCGGAACUGAAAGGAACAGUAAUAACAGCAAAAAAAGCCAUCCCAAACUGGGAAAUUUCAGGAUAUGUUGAAUACAUUAAAUCAGGGCAAAAACAGGGUGACAUGCUUCUAAUUGUGCCUAGUGGAGCUUUUGCAGUAAGAUUAGGCAAUGAAGCAUCCAUUAAGCAGAAGAUUAGUGUUAAAAAAGGCAGCUAUUAUGCUAUAACUUUCAAUGUGGCUCGGACAUGUGCCCAAGAGGAGAAAUUAAAUGUUUCUGUUUCACCAAAUAAUGAGCCAAAUGACUGGGGGAUUCUACCAAUGCAGACAAUGUAUAGCAGCAAUGGGUGGGACUCGUAUUCUUGGGCUUUUCAGGCUGAUUACUCUGAAGUUGAGAUCAGUAUUCAUAACCCGGGUGUCGAGGAGGAUCCGGCCUGCGGACCGCUUCUCGACUCGGUUGCGGUGAAGUACUUGUCCAAUCCCAAACGUACAAGAGACAAUCUGCUGAAGAAUGGAAAUUUUGAAGAAGGACCCUAUGUGUUCCCCAACACAGACUGGGGAGUACUAAUUCCAUCACACAUAGAAGAUGAUCACAGUCCAUUACCAGGCUGGAUAAUCGAAUCUCUAAAAGCCGUAAAAUACAUUGAUUCGGAUCAUUUCACAGUCCCACAAGGCAAAAAAGCAAUUGAACUCGUAGCAGGAAAAGAAAGUGCCAUUGCACAAGUAGUUAAAACCAUUCCUAACAAAACCUAUGUCCUAACAUUCAACAUUGGUGAUGCCAACAAUGCUUGUGAAGGCUCAAUGGUUAUCGAAGCGUAUGCAGGCAAGGACAGUAUCCAAGUUCCAUAUGUUUCGAAAGGCAAAGGCGGAUUCAAGGCUGCUAAAUUGCGGUUCAAAGCUGUUUCGACAAGGACGAGGAUUAUGUUUUUGAGCUCGUUUUAUAGCAUGAAGAGUGACAAUUCUGGUUCGCUUUGCGGUCCUGUGUUAGAUGAUGUUAAGUUGAUUAGUGUUCGUAAUCCAAGGCGUCUUCUGUGAUUGAGUUUUUAAAUUGAUUAAUUGCGUGGCUCAUGCGAUUGAUUGAUUGUUUGUUCUUGAUCGAAUUCGAGCUUAUAUGACUUGAAUGUCGUAUUACUUAUUAAUGUAUACUAGUAGUACUAUUCGACUUGUUGAGGAAAAAAAAAGAUGACUUGAUUUGUCAUUAAGAUUAUUGUUGUUUA